AGAGAACUUAAUCUAGUGAGACGUAUUACAUUAUCAGGUACGGGGUUCCAUUAGCCCGGUUCAUAGUUAUCAGAUAACAAAAGCACUUGAGUAUGUCGAGAUUAUCAAGUUUUGUUGUGCUUUGUUCUGUUUUGCUAUCUGGACUGUCUUCCAAUGCUGAGGACCCGCAGGAUUUGUGUACAGAUCUUAAAUAUGGUCUACUUGUACGAGGUUGUCAAGCCAGAAUGAUUGUUCAACUACAAAACUCGACCCGCCCUUUUGAAAUUUGCCCUAAGCUGUUUGUUGAAGCCACCAAAUGCAUCGAACAUGAAGUGAAACUUUGCUACGGGGGUUUGGGAGAUGACGCUUAUUUAAAGGAAAAAGAACUCAAACUCCGUCGAUUCGGCGACGUUAACCUACACUGUACAAAAGGUGGCCUUCGAUCAAUUGAAUCUAUAGUAACUAACGCUACGAUAUGUCCGACUACAAUACCUGUAGAAACAAGCCAAAUUCAAGGAUGUGAGAGCCAGUUUUACUCGGAGUUUACAGAUAACCCAGCAAACGAGCAGCUUUGCGACACUUAUGCAAAAACACGGGUUUGUCAAAACGAUAUUUUGCUGUCGGUGUGCGGAACUGAGUUUAUGGAUCCAGAUGGAAUAUUCCAUAAAGAGAUGAACCCAGCACUAUCUGCAGAUCUAUAUUGCCCUGAUGUAACAAAAGCUCUUCUGGAUCAGUUUGACGUUAUUGAAAAAGGAACAGGGCACGAAAAACCAUCGUUACAAGUCAUAAUACCUAUAGUUGUGAUUGCAUUGUUGAUCACUGUUGGUUUAAUCGCUGGCAUCUGUUACAUGAGAAACCGCGACGACUCGGUGCCGAAAAAGAACGAAACUCAAAAGAAGGAAGAAAGUGGAGUGGUUGAGACACAACCGACCACAGUGGGCGAAGAGAUGGUUCCUCUGUCUACAUUGCACAAUGAUGAUGGCAUAUCACCUGCUUGACCAUGGGCCAACAUGAACGAUUGUCGGUUUUAUAGUGCUCUGGGGUAAGAUGGGAUAACAUUAGCACCUAAACCUCAUAUUUCUUGAUCGUGUUUUAAACAAUUAGCAACGCUCUUUUAACCUCGCGGGGGUUAUAAAAUUUUGUAAAAUGUUAUUUUUUACUUUACCAAAUUGAACGAGAAAAAGAACGAAAAAUUUCCCAACUUACCCCACCCUGUUAUAUUUUUAUACAACGUUUCGUUUGCUACAGCGGUACUAUCAACAUUGUAUGUUCCGUCCGCAUGAAUAAGCCGGAGGAAUAAUUUGAAAAAUCGAAUUUGUCCGACAGAUUUUUGUAUGAUUCUUUGACCUGUGCGCAAAUUAAAUAAAACCGAUUAAAAGAGAUCUUAUAUUGGUUUAAAAUUGAUCCACGUAAGGUUGAUCGUAUUCUAAUACUGUUUACGUUAUAUGUAAUUUCUUUCAUACAUUGGCUCAAUAAGCAAAAUUUCGUUCAUCGUAUUCGAAUUUAUUUAAAUCUAAAAUGACUAUAACAACUAUUAAAUUACACCUGAUCUCAAACGUUUUUUUUUCUAAGAAAUAUGCCUCGUUUUUUCUGUAUUCUAUAUCGUAGAUCAUACUGGUAUUAAAACGACAGCAAACAGUAACAAUUUACAACUCGUAUACUUAACCGUAAACUUUAUUGGCAUUAAACUAGUACUAAAAUAAUAUUUGACUCUGAAUUUUCACACUAAGAAUUUGGCCUUGUUGCAAAAAGUGCUAAUACACAUAUAUAGU